AGAUCCCUGCGCCCCGCGCUUCCUAUGGCGCUGCUGUGUUUUUGUUUGCUUUUAGCAGUGAAAGCGGACGAAAGUGAUGUGCUGUAGUUCGUAUAUCGGAAAAUCGUGGGUUAAGAGCACGUGAAAUGACAGGUGACAGAACAAGCAUGAUCGAUGUCAACAGAGUAAGCCCCGAGUGGCGGAAGAGGGUUCGAUCAGAGUACAUGCGCUUACGUCAGAUCAAGCGCUUCAAACGGCACGACGAAGUCAUGGCUGCGUAUAUGACAAAUCGGAGAUUCAUUAUUGAAACCGCUGCACUCCUGCAAAAACAGCAGACAGACACCAAGGCUGUAGCCAUUUUUCCAUCUGAUGUUCCUUCACAUCACCCAGUGAUGAAAAAGUGUGAAGUUGAGCUUGCAGAUGGCAUGAAACAGUCAACACCUACUAGGAUUGUAUAUGCUGUCACUCCUAUUCCAACAAUGUACACAUGGGCCCCAACACAGCAGAAUUUUAUGGUGGAGGAUGAAACUGUGUUACAUAACAUUCCCUACAUGGGGGAUGAGAUCUUAGACCAAGACGGAACAUUCAUUGAGGAGCUUCUCCGAAACUACGACGGCAAAGUGCAUGGAGACAGAGACUCUGGAUCAGUUAGCGAUGAGUUGUUUCUGGAACUUGUUCACUCCCUUAUGGCUUACGAUGAUGCAGGGGACUGCAACAGCUCUUCAAAUAGCACUGAUGGAUCUAAUGGUAGCACAGGUGGAACAGAUAAGCAUGAUGAUAAGAUGCCAUUCCCAUCAGACUUCAUUUUUGCUGCCAUCUGUUCUGUAUUUCCUGAUAAGCGCACUCCACAAGAGCUAAAAGAGAGGUAUCGUGAAUUAAUGGAAAAGGUCAAUCCAACUUCAGUACCACCAGAGUGCACACCCAAUAUUGAUGGCCUGUACGCACAGUCUGUGCCUCGUGAACAAAGCAUGCACUCCUUCCGUACAUUAUUCUGCCGACGCUGUUUCAAAUACGACUGCUUCCUGCACACGUUUCACCCAGCACCUAGCCAGUAUAAGCGGAAAAGUUGUGACAUGAAGUUAGAUACAGAACCCUGUGGUUCACACUGCUACUUGCAUUUGGAUGCAGUGAAGAUGAAGCUGCAAGCAAAGUUGAAAGAGGAGCGUGAGACAUCUGAGCAGUGCAAAAUGCAAAAGCAGGUUUCUGUUGACAGUGGCAAUGAGGCAAGCAGUGAAGAUAGCAAUGAUAGUACCCGAACAAGCAGCAAGAAAAGCGACAGUUCAGACAAGCCCGCACAGAUGACAGUUAACAGCCUGUCAGGCAAGUCUCCUGAGAGUAAAGCUUGUCUACUGGCUGCCUUGGAACCUGUCGUCCAGCCGUCUGAGGAAGAGCUGCAAGAGGAGUGGUCAGGGGCAGAACAGUCCCUCUUCCGUGUGCUGUGGAAGGUCUUCUAUGGAAAUUACUGUGCCCUAGCUACACUGAUUCUCACCAAAAACUGUGCUCAGGUGUACACGUUUGCACAGAAAGAAUUAGCUGACUGUCCUCCUGAGGAGCAUGUGCACGACAGCACACCACCACGAAAGAAGAAAAAGAAGCACCGCCUCUGGUCAAUGCAUUGCCGCAAGAUACAGCUAAAAAAAGAUGGAUCAUCCAAUCAUGUGUACAACUAUACACCGUGUAAUCAUCCUGGCCUGCCCUGUGAUCAGAACUGCCCUUGCGUUAUGGCUCAGAACUUCUGCGAAAAAUUUUGCCACUGCAACUCUGACUGUCAACAGAGGUUUCCAGGCUGUCGCUGUAAAGCACAGUGCAACACUAAACAAUGUCCAUGCUACCUAGCAGUUCGGGAAUGUGAUCCAGAUCUUUGCCAGACAUGUGGAGCUGACCAGUUUGAUGUACAGAACAUUACGUGCAAGAAUGUCAGUGUGCAGCGUGGUCUGAGAAAGCACCUCCUGCUUGCCCCAUCUGAUGUUGCUGGAUGGGGAAUUUUUAUGAAGGAAUCUGCCCAGAAAAACGAGUUUAUUUCUGAGUAUUGUGGAGAGAUCAUUUCCCAAGAUGAAGCAGAUCGCAGAGGCAAAGUGUAUGACAAGUAUAUGUGUAGCUUUUUGUUCAACUUAAACAAUGACUUUGUUGUGGAUGCUACAAGAAAGGGAAACAAAAUUCGCUUUGCUAAUCACUCCAUCAACCCCAACUGCUAUGCAAAGGUGAUGAUGGUGAAUGGAGAUCACCGCAUCGGCAUAUUUGCAAAGAGACACAUUCAGUCUGGGGAGGAACUCUUCUUUGACUACCGGUAUGGCCCAACUGAACAGCUGAAAUUUGUUGGCAUCGAGCGAGAACUGGAGUUCUUAUGAGCAGAACAUCUAAUGUUAAGCACUUCACUGCCCAGUGUUUCUACAUAUGUCUGUUUUAUUUUUAAUAAAGUGGCCUUCAGCUGGUA